CGGCCAUGAGAUCUAAAACACACAUUACCAUGUUAACAGUUGCCUUGGUUACCGAUGGCAGGGGAGAGAGGGAGAUGCAAGCUGCCGAUGCGGUGAGUGGCGGCGGACUGUUCUUUGAGAAUAUGGAGUUGGGGAUAGCGGAUGAGGAUUAUGUCUGUGCCACACAUCUUUUCUUAGAUCAUCUGAAUAGAGUUCGUGCAGAGCACAAUGUGGCACCAGUAUCAUGGAAGACAGCGGUACGCUUCCUCAUGGCCAGAAAAUUUGACGUAAAGCGGGCUUUAGAGCUUUUCAGAAACCAUGCCGCCUUAAGGCAGCGUGAAGGACUAGGGAGGCUAGUCUCAACAGAAGAACCCCUCAGCCGAGAGUUGCUGAGCGGUAAAUUUACAAUAUUGCCACAGCGGGACACAACGGGUGCGGCCAUUGCAUUGUUCUCAGCUAGAUUGCAUACGCCUAACUCAGUUCCUAUGCAGGCCGUCUUACAAGCUGCUGUGUUCCAACUUGACCAUGCGUUAUCAGACAAUGAAACGCAGCGUAACGGUCUAACCUGCAUCUAUAACAUGACAGAGUCGACCUUUGCCAACUUUGACAUGCACCUGGGCAAGAAGCUACUGGGCAUGCUCCGUGAAGGUUACCCGGCCCGUUUGAAGCGUGUGUACGUGGUGACGCCCCCGCUGUGGUUCAAGGCUAUGUACAAGCUACUUGCCCCACUCCUCAAAGAGAAAAUGAAAGAAAGAGUAACAUUAGUAAGCGCAGACAGACUAUGUCGCUUCAUUCCAGCUACAGCAUUGCCUCGUGAGUUGGGAGGAAUCUCAGAAGUCAACCAUCUAGACUGGCUCAACUCCUGCAUCAACCAUUCAGGUGAAAACAAUCGCAACUCACAGGACCUCAGUGACGAGUUUGCCGACAGUCUAGACGCCCUGGAGGCCAACCGGCAGGCCGUAGAACUCUUUGGUGCAAUCUCGUUCCCCUCCAAACCGCUGUCUUAUUUAAAUCAUCAAACGCACGCCCAAGGGAGGUCGCGGGAGAGGACGUCAAGUACAGGGUCGGAUGCCGGGAUCGGAGUGAAUAUCCCGAGUCAGACGGGCAGUGCAGGCAACUCAGUACCCCCGAGCCCGACGGAGACACGCAAUGUGGCGCAAGACAUCGCCGAUCACAUGAAUAAGUUUGAUGAACUUGGUAGCAAUGCAACGGAGAGUGACGGGGUCAGGAUCAAUACCCAGCGAGAUAUGUUUGUCAGGACUGACCAUCACCCUCAUCCCCAGGUGGUCAAAAGUUGCGUCGCCAGCGAUGACGAUGAAGAGGAGAAAGGGCAGCUCGAAGCCCGGGAAAAGCACGAAACGGAGCCAGUACGGGAGAGCGUCUCAAACCAUAUAAAUGCAUCCCAAACAAAUCACAGUUAUGAUGAUCCGAACGAUAUGCCCUCGGAACCCCCACCGAAGCCGCCCCGUCCACAGGAGCAAGUCUGUGUCACCAGCCCAGCGGUGUCGGAAAGGGGCAAAGGAGGGGAGAAUGGUGUGUCCGUACAUCAGCCUACAAGUACCGGUAUGGACUUAGAUGGUCUAGUUGAGUACGUGAUUCAGACCAGAAAGAAAGGAUUGUACCAGGAAUAUGCAAUGAUAAGAGCCGAACCACCUGCAGGCAAUUUCAAUGUUUCAAAGCACAAGUAUAACUUGCCAAAGAACAGAUACGCUGACGUCCUCUGCUACGACCAUUCGAGAGUGAAGUUACACACGAUAAACGGCGAUCCUUAUUCGGACUACAUCAAUGCUAACUAUAUGGAUGGUUACAAGCAGAAAAAUGCAUUCAUUGCAGCCCAAGGUCCUCUUCCGAGAACGUUUGGCUCGUUCUGGCGCAUGAUCUGGGAGCAGAAAGUCCUGGUCAUCGUGAUGACAACUCGCACCGUGGAGAGAGGGCGCUUGAAGUGCGGCCAGUACUGGCCGGCGGAGGUGGGCUCUGAAGACAACCAUAGUUUCCUCUUGGUCAAAAAUAUUGAGAUGGAGAGACGGCGAGACUACACCAUCAGUAUCUUCAUAGUGAAAAAUACACAUACCGAUGAAGUCCGCCAAGUUGCCCACUUUCAGUUCACCAGCUGGCCUGACUUUGGAACGCCUCGCUCCGCUCAAGCCAUGCUGGAAUUUAGAGAAGAAGUACGUAGCUACCAAUCCAAGGCUGUUGAAGAGCUAGGAUCGGUUUGGACUAGCCAUCCGUUGGGACCACCUAUACUGGUACACUGCAGUGCUGGAAUAGGACGGACAGGAACUUUUUGUACUCUUGACAUCAGCCUGUCUCGUCUGGUAGACAUCCACACGGUAGACGUCUGUAACACGGUACGUCGUAUGAGAGCUCAGAGAGCGUUCAGUAUACAGACCCCUGAGCAGUACAAAUUCUGCUACUUCGCUAUCAUUGAGUAUGGCCUCACAACAAAUCAACUCGGGCCAGUGGACUUCACAGGGUAUAGUGAUAGCUCGAGUGACAGUGAGUGAAAAGUGAUAAGCCCCCCCGACCUUCUCUCGUUCCUCUCUUUUCUAGACACCAGGGGGGAUCCCAGGAGUACUUUUAAUAAAAGACUCUGGCCCAAUUAUAUGGCUCUGCUUACCAGUGACAAAGAAUCAGCACUUACGGAGGCAGGGAAGUCUGCGCUUACGUCAAGCGUAUUUCACGGCUAGCAGGUAAUUUUUGCUUUUGUGCGUUCGUACUCCACGUUACUAGGCAUUCUUCACUUGCACACCUGGCGCAGAAAUUCGGCAACUGCACUGUAACCAGAGAAUGGUGAUCGACUUCACAAAGAGAUCAGACUAUUUAUAAGAUAAAUCGGUAAUGUACUUGUAGUGAUUUCUUUUCCGUCGUCACAUUUUCUUUUUCGGUAGCAGUUUGGAACAAUGAUUGCAUUGUGCCAUAAGGCACAAGAUGGGCAGCUGGAGCUCAAUAAUUUGUUAGAUCGUUAAGUAUGGUAUGGGUGCCAUUUCAGUAAGCAAAUGUUUCAUUAUAGCAAUGGAGCUCUAUCUAUUGUUACAAAGUUAAGUACAUGUCAUAGAGUUAUAUAUAAGAACUAGAGGGCGCACUGGUGAUGUUGCUUGCACAAACGCGACGGGACCUCAAGGAGA